AUGGCACAGGCUACCAUACCCGGGUCUCUUGCAAUCGAAGCAUUUGACUCGGCGAAUACGACGUGGAAAAGAUGGCUGCAACGCCUUCAAGGAGCCUUUAUGAUUUUCGGAAUCAAGGACCAGGCUAGGGUCCCGUAUUUGCUGCAUUACGUGGGGCCCACGGCAUUUGACAUGCUAAGUGAUCGACUUGAUCCGGUCGAUCCUUUCACUGGUCGAUACGACGACUUAGUGAGAUGUCUACAAGAAUAUUACGCGCCGGCGCCGCUGGAAAUCGCAGAGAAUUUUACUUUCCACCAGCGGAAACAGCAAGAGGAUGAGUCUGUACAACAAUACGUUGCCGCAUUACGGAAACUUAGCAUACAUUGUAAGUUCGGCAACUACCUUAACACUGCACUACGGAAUCAACUGGUUUUUGGACUGCGCAAUAAAAAGGCUCAGAGUCGGCUGCUAGAAAAGACGGACCUGGACUUCGAUGAGGCUGUCAGGACUGCGGUUACAAUGGAACUCUCCGACAAGAGCUCAGCGCAGAUGAAGGAAACGAGUGCGGAGGCGGCCGGCGUGGCGUAUCUCAAGGCAGGGAAGAAACCUCCAAGAAAAAAUGCAGGUGAUAAACGGCCGAAGCAGGAGGUCACGAGAUUCGAAAAUUCGAGACAGGCGAGUAAAGAAAAUAAACAGUACAAAAACACUAAUGUAAAAUGUUUUAGGUGCGGUAAAGGUCAUUUGGCAAAUAAAUGUAAUAUAGACAGGAGCGUACGUUGUCAUAGCUGUGGGAAACUGGGGCACUUACGUGUGGUCUGCUUCAAGAAUACGUCCUCCACUAACAAUUUAGAGGAAAUGCUCAGUUUGGAGCAUGCGAACUAUCGCGACAAAUUUCUGUUGUCAAUGGAGAUUGAAGGAAAAAAAGUCGAGUUCGAGUUAGACAGUGGAGCGGCGGUUACAGUAAUGAGUGAGUCUGAAGCGAUCAAACUUUUCCCAACAGCGACCAUUCGUCAUACAAAUUUGCGUUUAAUUUCAUUUUGCGGGCGCGCGCUUAAAUGUAAAGGAUAUAUUACAGUCAGAGCUAAGUACAAUAAUUCAAUUGUAAACGAUUUGAAUAUUUAUUUAAUAGGCGGAGUCAGAAAGCCAUUAUUAGGACGCGAAUGGAUUAGGCAAUUUAAUGGGCACGUUUUUCUAGCCUGUAAUGCUCAAGUAAAUACAGUAACAGUAGACGCAAAAAGUAAGCUACAAGCAAUAUUAGAGAAGUAUCGAAAUAUUCGCUCUUCAGAAUUUGCUUCAAUUAAGGACAUACAAGUACACUUAAAGCUAAAAAAAGACGCGUCCCCGAUUUUCGUGCGAGCUCGACCAGUUCCCUUUAAAUUACAAAUGUUGGUUGAAAAAGAGCUAGACACAUUAGAACAAGCGGGUAUUAUUGAGAAAGUAGAGUCAUCUAAGUGGGCUACGCCCAUCGUGCCAAUUUUGAAAAAGGAUGGAAAAAUUCGUAUUUGCGGUGACUACAAAGCUACGCUAAAUCGGCAUUUAAUAGUUGAUGAGUACCCUUUUCCUGCAGUAGACGAGCUAUUUAUGAAACUUGCCAAUGGAAAAAAAUUUUCAAAAAUCGACUUGAAACAAGCGUACUUACAACUAGAAAUAGCACCCGAGGAUCGCGAGUUGCUAACGAUCAGUACAAGUAAGGGACUUUACAAAGUAAAUCGUAUGAUGUACGGAAUUGCGCCCGGUCCGACAAUAUGGCAACGCAAAAUAGAAAACAUUUUACAAGGAAUACCGGGCGUGGCAAUUUUCUUCGAUGAUAUUGUAAUUACGGGCAGUACAGAUACGGAGCAUUUAACACGACUUGAGGAAGUAUUAAGUAGAUUACACAAGUUCAAUGUUCGAAUAAAUUUAGAGAAAUCGAAAUUCUUUUUAGAUAAAGUUGAUUAUUGCGGUUACGUAGUCGAUAGGGUAGGUGUUCAUAAGGAUAAUCGAAAAAUCGAAGCAAUACAGAAUAUGCCACGACCUAAAGAUGUAUCAGAAAUACGGGCUUUUACAGGCAUGAUAAAUUAUUACGGUAGAUUUAUACAAAAUUUAAGUUCUAUUUUACAUCCUUUAAAUAAAUUAUUGCAAAAAGAGGUACGUUUUGUAUGGUCUAAAGAAUGCGAAACGGCAUUCAACAAGGCUAAAGCGGCGUUUACAAGUAAACAAAUGCUGGUUCAUUUUAACCCGAAAUUACCGUUGGUUUUAGCAACCGACGCGAGCUCGUACGGAGUCGGAGCCGUGUUGUCACACCGAUAUCCUGAUGGAUCUGAGAAGGUUAUUCAAUUCGCGUCACAAACAUUUUCAAAAGUACAAUCAAAAUACUCCCAAAUCGACAAGGAGGCAUUUGCAAUUAUUUUUGGUGUUAAAAAGUUUGUUCAAUUUCUAUACGGAAACAAGUUCACGUUAAUAACAGACCAUAGACCGCUUGUACAAAUUUUCUCGCCUUCUCAGAGUCUGCCUAUAUAUUCAGCGAUGCGUAUGCAACACUAUGCUAUUUUUCUACAAGGAUAUAAUUACGAAAUUGAGUACCGAAAAUCUGAGAGGCAUGCGAAUGCGGAUUGCUUAUCCAGACUUCCCGUGGACGCGCCACAAACGGUAGCGGAUACGGUAGAUGCGUAUCAAUUGGAAGUAAUCGAAACCUUACCUGUAACGGCGAGUAGAAUAGAGAUAGAAACACGAAAGGAUAAAACAAUAAGAGAAUUACUAGAAGCAUUACAGACCGGGAAAGUAAAACACAAAUCAAAGCGUUUUAAUAUCGAGCAAAACGAGUUUAGUUUACAAAACAAUGUAAUUAUGCGUAGAUCGCGUGUCUACAUUCCAAAAACGUUACAAGCUGAAGUAUUAAAAGAAUUGCAUUUAGGACACUUUGGAGUAGUAAAAAUGAAAGGGUUGGCUCGUAGCCAUUGUUGGUGGCCAGCCAUUGAUAAAGACAUAGAAAAUUUGGUUCGAAAUUGUGCAAACUGUAAUAGUCAUAAGAACAAUCCUCCAAAGGUGGAAGUACAUUUAUGGGAAGCGCCAUCAGCGCCAAUGCAACGCGUACAUGUUGAUUUUGCGGGGCCAUUUUUAGGAAAAAUGUUCUUGCUCAUGGUCGACGCUUUUUCAAAAUGGCCCGAGGUACAUAUAGUCCAAGACAUUACUGCAAAAACGACAAUUGCAAAGUGUCGAGGAAUGUUUGCAGCAUACGGAUUACCAAAAGUAAUAGUAACCGAUAACGGUAGAACUUUUGUUUCUUCGGAAUUUCAAAGAUUUUUACAAAUCAAUGGAAUUGAACAUAAACGUACUUCACCCUUUAAUCCUGCAACAAACGGUCAGUCUCGGGAACCGGUACGCUCGAACAGUCCUGUAACGCUAGACACGGAGAAUCCUCCGGAGGUGCUAGAAAAUGUUGCGCCAGUUUCCUCACAGACCAACCAAGAUGUUAAUAGGGAAACUAUAUUAGAAACUCAGCGUCGCUCUGCUAGAACUAAGAGACGCCCAGACUUCUUUUCCGAGCGUACAGAGAAGUAG